UUUUAAUUUAAAUCAGGCAUGUGCCGAUUAUAAGUCUGACGUGGCAUACCUCUGACAAUGCAUAUUUUGAAUAUCGGGUUGUAGAGAGAAACUUCAUUUUACCGAUUUGAUGGCGACGACUAGCGUGGACCUCCUCGCCGAGCUGCAAGGCCACUUGGAGCGCGAUGCGUACCAGAAGGCCAUUGACGUCUGCAACAAGAUCGUGGCGGCAACGCCCAAUGAGGCGGCGGCGUACAAGGCCAAAACGAUUGCGCUCAUCCGCUUGAACAAGCUGGACAAGGCGCUGGAGGUGGCACAGCGCUUCGACUACCUCAAGAUGGAAGCGGCCUACUGCCACUACAAGCUCAAGCGCGAGACCAAGACGCUGGAGAUCCUUGCGACGGUGCCCGAGAAGACGCCGGCGGUCUUGCACUUGCAAGCGCAGGCGCACUACCGCCUCAACCAGUUUGACGCCGUCAUCUCGAUCUACGAGGCGCUUCUUGCGCAAGCGGCGCCGUCGGACGAUACGGUCGAGCUCAAAACCAACUUGAUCGCGGCCUACACGGCUGCCGGUCGCGGCGCCGAGCUCGCGGGCCGCCACAGCUUGACGACCGACGACAGCUACGAGAUUGCGUUCAACAAGUCGUUCGUGGCGCUGCAGAGCGGCGACGUAUCGACGGCGGCCGCCCACGUUGCCGACGCCGACCGUCUGUGCCGGUUGACGCUCGCCAACGACGGGUGCUCGCCGGCCGAGAUUGAGCAGGAGGCGCUCGUCGUCGCCGUUCAGCGUGCCUACGUGCUCCAGCUCCAGGGACGCGACGACGACGCGCUCGCCGGCUACACCCACGUCAUCCAGGCCAAGCCGUCGGACGCGACUCUCGUGGCCGUCGCCAGCAACAACCUUGCGACGCUGCAAAAGCACCACGACCUCUUCGACUCGAUCAAGCGGCUCAAGGCCAUUUCGAGCGAGACGCUGACGACCAAGUGCUCGCCCGCGCAGCACGAAGCGGUCCUCGCCAACCUCGCGCUGCUCUGGUCUUGGAUGAAAAAGCCGGACGAGACGCGCGAGGUGCUUGCCGCGCUCAAGACGGCGUUCCCGGCCACGGCGCUCGCCGCGCCCAUCCAGCUCCACGCAGUGCUGGGCUCAAGCGAGUCUGCGCCGUCGUCGGAGGCGCUCGCCCGCGCCCGCGCGACGUUCGAGGCGGAUGCGAGUAUCAACGGCCGGCUCUGCCUCGCCCAUGUCCUCGUCCUCUUGAAGGAGUUUGGGGUCGCGGCCGACACGCUGCGCUCGAUCGCCGAGAUCGCCCACAGCGCCGGCACGGUGGCCACGCUCGUUGCGCUCUACGACCGCGCGGGCAACGCGGGCGCCAGCCAAAGCGUGCUCCACGAUGCGCUUGCGUUCCAUGCAGCCCGCGAUGCCACGUCAUUGGAAGCGCGUGCGAUCGAGGAAGGCGAUGGCGCGUAUCAGCUGGCGCAGGGCAACUACGCGGCAGCGGCCACGCGCUUCGAGAGCCUCCUCUCGACGGGCGCGCUCACGCCUGAGAUGCGCCUCCGCUGCCUCGCCAAGCUCGUCGUCGCCUUGUCGUUUGUGGACGCGUCGGCGGCCGAGGCCCGCAGCAGCCUCCUCCCGACCAUCGCGGCCGCGUCGACGGACCCCGAGGCGCUCAUCAAGGCGCGGUCGCACAAGCGGGCGACGGCGAUCCCGGCGGCGCCGACGAGCAAGAAGCGCGCGGCCGACAACCCGGAGCGCAUCGCGCGCAAGCGGGCGGCGCGCCGCGCCAAGCACAUUGAGGCGCUCAAGGCCAAGCCCGACUACAACCCGCUCAUCCCGCUCCUCAAGCCCGACCCCGAGCGCUGGAUCCCGCGCAAGCAGCGGUCGCGCGGCAACCGGCGCAACCGCAACAAGUUUGUCGGCGCGCAGGGCUCGGGCAUGGGCUCGCAGAAGGACGCGGCCAAGCUCGACGCCGCAGCGCGCGCGGCCGCCAAGAAGGUGGCGCCCGUCGAGGCCAAGGGCCGCGUUGUCACGGGCCCGUCAGCCAUGGAGCGCAAGGCCGCCGCCCGCAAGCGCCGCUAGAUACUCGCACGCUUCGAUUACCUUGCCUCCUGCACUAAAGAACCACGUCUGUGUCCAGUUUGUGCCCUGUC